AUGGCCUCUGAAAAUUUUGUGCAACCAGCCUUUCCACGUUUUGAUGGUCACUAUGGCCAUUGGAGCAUGCUAAUGGAGAACUUCUUAAGGUCUAAAGAGUAUUGGCAUAUUGUUGAAGCUGGAGUAGCAGAACCAACAACAGGCACAACACUAACGGACCAGCAGAAAACAGAGAUUGAAGGGCAGAAGUUGAAGGAUCUUCAAGCAAAGAAUUAUCUUUUCCAAGCAAUCGAUUGUUCAAUUUUGGAAACCAUUCUUUGCAAUAACUCCUCUAAGCAGAUUUGGGAUUCGAUGAAAAAGAAGUACCAAGGAUCAUCAAGGGCAAAGAGGCUGCAGCUUCAAGCACUUCGUUCAGAGUUUGAAAUGCUUCGAAUGAAAUCAGGUGAGUUGGUCUCAGAUUAUUUCUCAAGAACGAUGGCAAUCGUCAGCAAAAUGUGGAUCCAUAGCGACAAGGCGGAGGAUGUUACCAUCAUUGAAAAGAUUCUUCGGUCUAUGACACCAAAAUUUAAUUUUGUUGUAUGUUCUAUAAAGGAAUCUAAAGAUAUUGAAGAACUUUCAAUUGAUGAAUUAUAA